ACCUGCUUCAAAUCAACUUCAAUCCUCAUCAUUUCUGACUACAGUCGUACUGCUUGUUGGCUUCAAUCAUAACAACGAUGGCCCCAAAGAUCUUCUCUUAUACGCUGUUGGUGUUGGCAUACCAAUUGGAUCUGGUUUCGGCGUUCGUCAGGCCAGGAUGUAUUAAUACCAAGAUUUGCCAACCACCACGCCAAGUGUCAUCUUUGUCACUUGGCCUGGUCCCUGCCAAUGAACUGCUACAAUCCACUUCAGCAACGACAAUUUUAUCUUCUCCAACCUCAAGCUCCAUUGUGCUGGCAGAGGAGUCUUGGCGCCAAUAUGUUCCAUUGGCAGUGUCGCUGUUGGUAAUAGUUGACAUUUUAUUGGGAUCUCCGGUUGCCAAUUCUGUGUUGGGUGUGAUGCGAGCUCCUCCUGAAGAUGAUGCUGCAGACGAAAAAGCUCCCAUCGCUGUCAAAACCAAGGGAGAAAGGAUUGAUUCUUCUGAAGUUGCCAAUGAGGCUCUGGAGAAAGCAAGGAAUGCUUUAGAAUGGCAAGAAUACAAAGAAACUACCAAGACGGAUACAGAUCGCAUGGAAGAAAUGAGACGAAAAAUGGACAAUCAGCUGCGAGCCAUGGACGAAAAAAACGAAGAUUAAACACUAAAAUGACCAAUCAAUCCCUUGUUCGAUCUGAUCCAUUUCUUCCCUUGAAAUUUCAAUCCUCGGAUCUUCUCUGUCAUGUCAACUACCGGUAUACUGUCAAUCCUCCUCGAUUGUACGGCAAGGGGCAAGGGCGGGGGUACAUGUAAACGAAUGAUUCAACGUUGAAGUAGGUGCUUAACUUUGCCAAAACUCUAGCUAGAAUCCAGCCAAACCGCGAAAUUUGGGAGCUUCAUUGAACCAACUUUGCAUCGUACCGGUAGCAGCAACCUA